GGCCCAGGAGGCGGGAGUGGGUGUGUAGAGGCGGAGACAAAACCCUAGCCGCGCGCCCAGCCGGCCAGGGCUUGCUCUCCUAGACGGUUGGGGUCUGGGUCUCGUGCCCCCUACCUCCUCAGAGCCUGGCACCCAGAACCUGGCAAGGAUCACGAAGUUAUCCCCUGCUGGGGCUGCUGCCUGCAAGGAGGGGGCAGGGAAGCCGGGAGCCCCGUGCGCCACUUCCCCGGCGGCCUCGGCCUGGGCCAGGACUGGCUCGCGGUUCCCUCGCGGCUUUGCUCGGGUCCGCCUCCCCCUCUCUCUCCCCCACCCUUCCCGCGAGCUGCCUCCGCCCUCCUUCCUCUGCCUCCACCCUCAACCCCCAUCCCCGGCUGUCGAGAGCUGGGCUCUGAGACCUUCGUCUGCCCGAGCUCUGGAUGUGGGCGCCGGACAAGUCCGCGGCGCCUCCACCCAAGAUGGACAGCCGCUACACCAGCACUGCGGGCAUCGGGGACUUGAACCAGCUGAGCGCGGCCAUCCCGGCCACGCGGGUGGAGGUGUCCGUGUCCUGCAGAAAUCUUCUUGACAGAGAUACAUUCUCUAAAUCUGAUCCAAUUUGUGUCUUAUAUGUGCAAGGAGUUGGAAAUAAAGAAUGGAGAGAGUUUGGAAGGACUGAAGUGAUUGAUAAUACUUUAAAUCCUGAUUUUGUACGAAAAUUUAUCCUGGACUACUUUUUUGAAGAAAGGGAGAACCUUCGUUUUGACUUGUAUGAUGUUGAUUCCAAGAGCCCCAACCUGUCCAAACAUGACUUUCUGGGACAAGUGUUUUGUACAUUGGGGGAGAUUGUUGGUUCUCAGGGAAGUCGCCUGGAAAAGCCAAUAGUGAUUCUUGCACACUUGGCCAUUUGCAUUAAAAUGGAUGCUGUUCUGAUGCAAUUUUGUGCAAACAAAUUGGACAAGAAGGACUUUUUUGGAAAAUCAGAUCCUUUUCUUGUAUUUUAUCGAAGUAAUGAAGAUGGCAGUUUUACAAUUUGUCAUAAAACAGAAGUUGUCAAAAACACUCUAAAUCCUGUAUGGCAAGCAUUCAAGAUCUCAGUCAGAGCAUUAUGUAAUGGUGAUUAUGACAGAACAAUCAAAGUAGAGGUGUAUGACUGGGAUCGAGAUGGGAGUCAUGAUUUCAUUGGAGAAUUUACCACAAGCUAUAGGGAACUUUCUAGAGGACAAUCGCAAUUCAAUGUCUAUGAGGUGGUGAAUCCCAAAAAGAAAGGAAAAAAGAAAAAAUAUACUAAUUCGGGAACAGUAACCUUACUCUCUUUUUUAGUAGAAACAGAAGUUUCAUUCCUUGAUUAUAUUAAAGGAGGAACGCAAAUCAAUUUCACAGUGGCUAUUGAUUUUACAGCAUCAAAUGGCAACCCUGCCCAGCCCACUUCUCUCCACUACAUGAAUCCUUACCAACUGAAUGCCUAUGGAAUGGCCCUGAAAGCAGUGGGAGAAAUCGUUCAAGAUUAUGACAGUGAUAAAAUGUUCCCAGCUCUAGGCUUUGGUGCAAAACUGCCUCCAGAUGGAAGGAUAUCUCAUGAAUUUGCUUUGAAUGGGAACCCUCAAAACCCCUACUGUGAUGGCAUUGAGGGGGUCAUGGAGGCUUACUAUAGGAGUCUGAAAUCUGUGCAACUAUAUGGGCCGACUAACUUUGCUCCUGUAAUUAAUCAUGUAGCAAGAUAUGCCUCUUCUGUAAAAGACGGUUCCCAGUAUUUUGUGCUCCUGAUUGUGACAGAUGGUGUUAUCUCGGAUAUGGCUCAAACCAAGGAGUCCAUAGUCAAUGCUUCAAAACUUCCAAUGUCGAUAAUUAUAGUAGGUGUUGGACCAGCAGAAUUUGAUGCGAUGGUUGAAUUGGAUGGAGAUGAUGUAAGAGUUUCCUCCAGGGGAAAAUAUGCGGAAAGGGAUAUUGUACAGUUUGUGCCGUUCCGGGAUUAUAUUGACAGAAGCGGAAACCACAUACUGAGCAUGGCUAGAUUGGCCAAAGAUGUCCUCGCUGAGAUCCCUGAGCAGUUCCUCUCCUACAUGAGGGCCCGCGGAAUCAAGCCAUCCCCUGCGCCUCCGCCCUACACCCCACCUACACAUGUGUUACAGACUCAGAUCUGACUGUGCUCCGAACGGCUCCCGUUAACUACACAUCAGUUAGAACUGCUGAGUCAACGCUUUGCUCCUGGUGCUCUGUCAUGAACCAGGGAAUGAGAUACUUUUCUCAGUUUGGUUUCAGCAGUACUGGUUAAUAUGCUUUCUUGGAUCCAAAAUUAAUUCUCUUUCUAAACCAAAACUGUAAAUAUGGUUGUUGCAUGAGCAACAGAAAAAUUGUUUAAAUGCUUGAAGCAAAAUAUGGAUGUCUUUGAAACUUUCUUUUUUGCGGGGGGGGGGCGGGGGGGACAGAAACAGCUAAUUUCCAAUGUAUUGUUGGGAAAAAGCACAAACUGUUUUUAACUCAAAUAUUGUCCUCGACUGCUGUGUGUAUAGGAGAGCAGUCUCUCUGUAUCAAUGUUUACAUGUUACUACUUUUUAAAUUUCAAUACUUUUAUAACUGUUCUUAAGAAUAAGAGUUUUGAAUAUUGAAUCCUUUGUCUUCUAAAUUGCAAUAGCUAUAAUCACAAGAGCAAUAUCUCUUUGAAUGACUGUCUGGACAAAUACAAUUGCAAAUAAGGGAAGGGAGAGAUGCUUCAUAUUUCUCAGUAAGUGAAUUGUCUUAUGAGGCCGCAUCUGCUUAGUAUUGAGUUCCUCCGCGUUGUUUGCCAAGUAUGGGAGUUUAAGCUUAGCAGAUGUGUAUUCUGUACGAACAUGCAUUUUUCAUGGAGCUUGGAUUCUAAAUUUAGACUGCAGCCAGUUUAUGUUCUGUAAUUCUCAGUAGAAAUAAUAAAAAGUCAAACAUUGUGAACUGUAAAAUGCACAGAAAAUACUUUGUGUACAAAGCAGCAUCUUUAUAUUAUAAUGCUAUUUAGAAAGACUAAAACCCAGAAUAUUUAACUGUGAACAAUGUAGCAGAGGUUUUAAACUUUUUAUUCCAUUAUACCUUGUCUAGAUAUUUUAAUUCAAAGGGAUACUGGCUCUCUUGAUUUGGUCUCCUUGUUAUCAUCUUUCCAUGUUGCCAUGCUGGUGCACAGGCUGGAAGUUUUUUGUGAAAUUCCCAGUGAAAUAUACACAACCACGUGACUUAGUGCACAACACAUUUGUGAGAUAACCUACUCCUACAUACUGAACUGCCUGUCCACAAUGACUUGUAAAGAGUUUAUGCAUGUACAGUUUUUACAAGAAUUACAGUUUUGUGACGUUGUGUCUAAAUUAAAGCAUUUCUUUAAAACAAAUGGCCUUAAAUUCUCACAGAAUUCCUGGAAAUGAUUGUGAAUUGCCUUCAAAUAAUAGAAAAGUGUAUUUUUUUUUCUUUUGUGUCAACAAUGUAACUGCUUUAUAAUAUUUUUCCUUACUUAUAUCCUAUUUACUACUUGGUUUAUUUCUACUGUAUGUUUGUUCUCUUUGUCCAAGUUGAUUUAGGGUGACUUUUAUAAGCAUGAAACUAUUUUAUUGAAAAGAAAAAUAUAUACACCCACAUAUCUAAUAGUAUCAAUGUUAUAUAAUUAUGUAAUAAUAAAUUGUCCAUUUUUAAGUAUGUAUUAAAAUCUUUAAA